AUGUCGACCAUGAUUACCUUCGCCGCCAACAACGAGUUCUUCCGCAAACGCAAGCGCGUGCACAAGGCUUGCGAGUCUUGCAAGAAGCGUCGCAAGCGCUGCGUCCACACGUUUGACGGCGACGAAGCUCCUGAUUCUUCGCCCGGAACCGACUCUCUUCUCCCUCAGCCAAAUCUUCUUCCUGGAGCGCAUGCCACGCCAAUUUCAGCAGCCGGGUCUUAUGACGCCCAGGCACCUGGGUUUUCUGAUCCCGACCAAGCGGCAAGGCUCACCGGCCCAGACGACCCUCGUCUUGCUCCUGGCUCUCGCUUUAUCGGCUACCUUUCGCCAGAGGCCGUGAUGCGUGGCCACAUCCGUGAGCAGGGCAGCAAGUGCGGUGGAUGGGUUCCAGCCACUCCAGACGACGAUCCCGAGCCAUCGCCUUCUGCACGUGACCAUUCGGUGGACGGUGCCGACGCCGGACCUGCCCCCUCGGAGAAUGGCCAAUCGCGUUUGGAGAAGGCUUUGCAGGCAUAUUUGGAAGCCGCUGGUGUCGAUGUCUUGCCACCUCAACGGAACGUUGAUAUUCUUCUUGGCAUCUAUUUCGAAUACGUCCAUCCCUUGCUCCCGCUCGUCGACCAACGCCACUUCUACACACGCCGGUCCGCCGGCGAACAGUCAACCAUGCUGCUACAAGCCAUAUGUCUUGUUGCAUCACGUCACGAAGGCGCGCGUAACCACUUGUACCUUCUCAGUGACCCACAUCUUCUUCUUGAACCCAGAGAGUAUUCCAGAAAAUUAUACGCAGCUCUUGUCGCUGGUGUCAACGCCAAUCUCGAAGCGGAUCGUAUAACACUAAUUCAGGUUUUGGCAUUGAUGUCACUCUACAGCGAGGGCGUCGAUGGAGCAGACCGGGCUUCGAUGCACCUGGUCCAAGCCAUUCACCACGCUCACACAAUCGGUCUACAAUUUGGCCGGCAGCGAAACGUUGCCAAAGGCGAAUCAACCGAGAAGAUAUUUUGGUGUCUCUGGAGCCUGGACAAACUCAAUGCUAGCGUGAAUGGCAGGCCACUGUACAUGCACGACCGUGAUAACCAAUUGGAAAGUUGGACCGCAAGACCUGAACAGCGACGGACACCAUUCGGUAUCUGGCUACAACUGGCUGGUGUACUUGACAGAGUCAUCGACCUCUACAGGCCAGGGAGCGACAGUCGUGUGACUGGCUUGGAGGUUGACUUCCCCGGCUUUGAAGACAUCAUUGGUGACGGAGGGGACAAAUUGCGGGGGCCCAUAGUCGCCGCGCUGGAACUGUUCUACCAUGCUGUAGCCAUGCUGUCUCACAAAUCUCGUUCGAUCACAGACCCUCCGGCUACGCCGAGCUCCGACUCGAAUAGGAAUGCAACCGAGGAACAAGAGGCACCGGCGACUUCAACCGUGCGCAGCCUGUUGAACAUGUCAUCGGUUCCGCAGAUGAUGAUAGGCCAACCGCAGCACGCAGUGAGUAGCGAAAGGUCAGAGCAGACCCCAUCUACAAGCACCGGGUUCAGUACCGAAUCACCCGAAUGGCUCAACUUCGAUAAUGCUUUCGAGAACAUGGAUACUCUGCUGGGUAGCAGUGGAGCGGACUUGUCGAGUGAGCUGCUAAAAGGUUUCAGUUGGGACAUUGGAGAUUUUCCGGGGUGA